CAUCGAUCUGCAUCAUUUGCCCGUACGACACAAGCGAUGCACGUGCGACGCACGUGAUGGAUGUUUGCGACGGCAGACCUUUGAGGCGUCUCACCUGCGGGGUGCGCAGGUGGACUCCAAGGUGAAAAGGUCGGCACGUCGCCCACAACGGCUCACAUGGAGUAUGAGCCCGAUGGUGCGCAGGAGCUUCUGAUCGAUUCCGCUCAGGAGAAGACUGCCAAGCAUACAAGACACUUGCUGCUCUCGGCAAGGUUCACUUUCGUCUUCUUUCAUGGGCUGCUGAUCAUUUCGAUGUCAGUGGCUCUUCAGUGGCAGACCGCCACUUCUUGGUGGCUGGUUUUUCUACCUGCUUGGCUGGGCGAUGCGCUUUCGUUGCUGCUGGUGGUGAUUUCAUGGUUCGGGUCCUGCCCGUACAUCCACCUUUGCUUGCAAGAACGUCAGGCUCGCCUGGGUGAUGGGAACCCCAGCAUCUUGACGGAGAUCCUGCCAGAUAUCUUUUUUGGAAUUCUGUCCUUCAUCUACUUGAUCCUUGCGCUGAUCGGGGAGAUCCUGCUCUGCAGGUAUUUGGCACGGCUGCAGAAGGCGCCGACUGCAGCACCAACUUCCUGCGCAGUGUUCCUCAUCAUUGUCUCCUUGCUGACGUGCUGCAGAGGAGUGUGCAUCUUCACGAGCGGCGAGAUCUUCAGCCUGCUUGGCUUCGGGGCUUUGACGUCCAUCACACUGAGCCUUUCCCUGUCCGAAUCGCUGUUCCACACGGCCUGGGCCAUCGUCUUGCCCUGGCUACCAGUGGUGGCAGCCUUGCAAGUUGCCUUGUUCUGCCGCUGGAAGAAGCUGCGCGCUGUGCUUUGCCGAGAGGAGAGGAUCCUCCGUGUUUCGGAGCAACUCUUGCUGUCUGUCAUCUUUGUGACCUUGGCCGUGCUUGUCUUGGAGCUCUCACCCUACCAUGUAGGACUGGCUGGUGCGGAGGCAGGGACAGCUGGCAUGGUGCUUGGCUCAGGCCUCGCCUGUUUAGCCUUGCUCCGAGGGCGCAUGGUGGUGGUGGAGAGCAGGUUUGGCUCUUUGCCGGAACGGCUGCUGCGCCACGAGCUUCGGCAUGAGGCCAGCUCGAUGCGAAGCUCGGUGAUCUCGGGCGUGGGGGCAGAGGUGCCUUUGGGGAUGAGUGCCAUCACGGUGCCUGAGACCAGCUCCCAAAUGGUCUGAGUUGGCGACACUGAGCACCAAAGAAAGACACAGGUCGGCGACGUUGCGUCGGUUCACAGGACGAUACGUCCAAAAGGUUGCAGGAGGUUUACACAGCUUAUACAGCCCAAUUUGAACAUCAAGUCUUCACUGUGUGCUUGAUGCAUUUUCGUUUGGCAUUCUGGCGUUCUACUGUGACUGACAUAUUUGGGAACCAGCAACAGUUGGCAUACUUGGGAUUGGGUUGCCAAAGCUUGAACUCACUCACCCAUGUCUGCUAGAAUCGAGCCCCUAUGACCAUCAUGUGCCAGAGUGACCUAUAGUGACCUCAACUUCCAUCACUGAUUCUUCUGCAGGAAGGACAGCUUCGUCGUUCGCACGGCAGUCAAUUGUAGCAGUCAAUCGCGGCCAC